AUGAAUAAUAAUAAUCAUAAUAAUCAUAAUAAUAAUAAUCAUCAUAAUAAUAAUAGUAAUAAUUUCUUUUCAGGUAAAGGAAAUAAUUUAUCACCUUAUCAAAAUCAAAUUUUAAAUAUCAAAAGUAAUAAUAACAAUGCUCAUAAUUUUAUGAAUAAAAAUGUUCCGACUUAUUCUCCUUCUAAUAUUAUGAUGCCAAAUAAGGAUAGCGGCAAUUUUAAGAAUACACCAGGAAAUAUAAUCAAUAGAUAUAAUGUAGAAAAUAAUAAUCAUCGUAAUUCUUAUCAUCCUAGUAGCAAUAAUACUAGGAAUAAUGUUAAUUAUAUAAAUAAAAACAUAUUAUAUGGUAACAAUAAUAAUAAUAAUAGUAAUAUAAAUAUAACUAACAUUAAUAAUAAUAAGCCAUCCAUUUCGUCUAAUCAUCAUCCAUAUCAACAACAACAAAAUAAUAAUAAUCAUCAUCAUCAUAAUAUUAAUUAUAAUGAAUAUAUGGAUGAAAAAAAUAUGAAUAAUUCUCAAAGUAUAUUUAAAAAUGUCACGAUACAAAGAAAUUCUCAACAGUUUAAGGCAUCUGAUUUUGCUACUAAUAUAAAUAUUAUGAACGCACCAAAUAUGAAUGAGCAUAACAAUAUAUAUAAACGUAAUAGUUUAAAUAUUAUAAAUAAUCCACAUAUAAAUAAUAAUAUUAAUAAUAAGGCACAUAUUGUAUCAAAUAAUAUGAAUGUGCAAACAAACAGAAAUAGUAAUAUAGCUUUGCCAAAAAAUAUAAAUACAAAUAUAGGAACAUUAAAAAAUUCAAAUCAUAAUUUAAAUAAUAUAGGAAUGAAAUACAACACUUUAAACAAUAAUAUGAAUAAUAUAAACAAAAAUGUAAAUAUAGCUAAUGUUGGAAUGUUAAAUAUUCAAAGGAAUAAUAAUCCUAUGAAUCAUAAUAUAAAUCAAAAUAAUUAUAAUACGGAUUUUUAUAUAAAUGAAAAUAAAGCAAAUCCAAAUAAUAAAGAAAAUAAUAAUAACCAUAUAAAUAAUGAGAAAAUGAAUUAUAUACAAUCAAAUUUAUAUCGAGAUAAUACAUUAGGUCAAGUAAAUUCAAAUAAUAAUUAUAAUAUUGACAAAAAUAAUUUGCAUAAUCAUACAUAUAUAAAUGAUAAGAAAUAUUCAACUGUAAAUAAUAAUAUACCUAAUGUGGAUAAUAAUAUGGUUUCUGGUGUUAUGUCUUCUAUUAAUACUCCAGAUGAUCUAAAAAUGAAAAAAAAAAAAGAAAAAAAAAAAAAUGAAAAUAUAUAUACUAAUAUAAAUAAGAAUAGUAUUAAUAUAGAUCAUAAUAAUAAUAUUAUUGUAGAUGUUGCAAAAAAAAAUAAUGACUUUUUUUUACAAAAUAACAACCAAUAUAGUAAUAUAACAAAUAAACAAAAUAAUAAUUUAGGUCAUUCAAUGAAUAAUUAUUCUAUUAAUAAUUCAACGACAUCAGAUGUUAUAGGCAUUGUAGAAUUAUAUAAAAAUUCUUUAAGUAGUAAAGCAGUAAACAAGAAAAAGUCUAAAAUAAUAAAGGAUGUUAUGGAAGAUAAUAAAAAAAGAAAUAAAAAGGAAAAAAAAAAAAGCUUACAAAAUAAUGAUUCGAUAUUAAAUAAAAUGAAUAAAAAUGAAAACGUAGAAUGUUCAAAUGGACCACAAAUUUUUGAUAAUAAAAAUUAUCAAGUACAUAAUAAUAUUUAUAAUAAUAAUGAUAAUAAUUUAAUUCCUAACAAAAAUAAUGACAGUGUCAUUGGAAAUAUUAAAGAAACAAAUAAUAUAAAUGAUAUAAAAUCUGAAGAUAUAGAAAAAAAAAAUAAAGAAAUAAAUAAUUAUUAUUAUGCUAAUAAUUAUCAAUGUAUAAAAGAUGAGAAAAAUAAUAAACAAUAUCUUUUAUGGAAUAAUAAAAAGAUAGACGUAACAUUUGUAUGGUUAUUUAUAACUAAUGAGUUCAAUGAAAAUAGAAAAAAAUAUACAGCCUUUUUGCCUUAUCUAAAACAUUUCUAUCCAAACAGAUUAAAGGAUUUAAUUGAACAGUUAGAAAAAUAUUCACUCUUGACAUUUAAUUAUAUUAUAAAUAGCUCUUACAACAUGCAAGUGGAAUAUAACAAGAAUAAAGAACAGAACAAUAAUAAGAAGAAUAUUCAUAAUAAUAAUAAUAAUAAUAAUAAUAAUAAGGAUGAUAAUAAUAAGGAUGGUAAUAAUAAGGAUGAUAAUAAUAAGGAUGAUAAUAAUAAGGAUGAUAAUAAUAAGGAUGAUAAUAAUAAGGAUGAUAAUAAUAAGGAUGAUAAUAAUAAGGAUGAUAAUAAUAAGGAUGAUAAUAAUAAGGAUGAUCAUAAUAAGGAUGAUAAUAAUAAGGAUGAUAAUAAUAAGGAUGAUAAUAAUAAUGAUAAUAUUAAUAAUAACAAUAUGGAUAUCACUUCAAUAAAUAAAAGUGAUAAUAUAAAUAAUAAUCGUAACAACACAAACGAUGAAAAUGUUUCACUCAAUGAAACCUUAUCUUCAGAUAAAUCUACAUUAAAUACGAACAAACAAAUAGAUAAUACUAAUAUUAAUAAUAUAAAUAGCGGAUUUAAUAAUAUUAUAAAAAACAUGAGUAUUGACGAUAAUACUAUAAGAAACAUUAUGAACAAUAUGGAAAAUUUGACAAAGGGUAAAAAGAAAGGAAGAAAAAAAAAACAAACAAUAGAAAACAACGAUGAUAUUAAUAAAGAAGAUAAAAAAGGUAGCAAAAAAAAUAAGAAAAAGGAUACUAUAAAUGAUAGUAAUGAUAACAAUAAUGAGAAUAAAAAUGAUCAGGGUGAAUCAAAAAAUGAAGAAGAAAAAAAAAAAAAAACCAGAAAAUAUAGAAAGAAAAGUAAAAUAACAAACGAUGAUAAUAAUGAAAAGAUAAAUGAAGAUAAUAUAAAUUCCAACAAUCAAAAAAAUGAUUUAGUUAAGAAAGAAAAUGUAUAUAGUGAAGAGAAAAAUGUAAAGGAGGAUAAUAUUUCUAAUGAUACACCUUAUAAAGAAAAUAGAAGAAAUACUUUAAAUUUAUUUAACUUAGAUGAAGGUACAAUAAAUAUGGAUCUUUUCAAUUUAUCCUUGUUAGAAAAUGAUGAUACUUUAAAUAAAAAAGAAAAUAAUAUUUUAUCAAAAGAUAAUAUGUCUUCCUCCUUUUAUACAUCCCAAAAAGAAAUUAAUAAUAAAACUGACAUAGACAUAGACAAAGAUCAAAGUGACAAACAUGAGAAUAUUGAAAAUUCUGAGAAUUUAAGUAUGCAAAAAGAUAAAUCAAACGACUUAUAUCGUAAUAAUAAUGAUAAAAUUAUAAAGGAAACAAGCUCAAUACCAUUUAUGAAGAACACUAAGGAAAACUUUUAUGAAAAAACCAAAGAAAUGUUUUCAAAUUUAUUAUCGGAUACAAAAAAAGGUAAAGAAGAGGAAUUAAAUAAUCAGAUGGAUAAAAAUGAUGUUAAUAUAUCAAGUGGCAUAUUAUAUAAGGAAGAAGGUAAUAAAGAGUUAGAGAAUGAAAAACAUUUUGAUGAUAACACAAAUGAAGAAAAAAAAAAUGUGGACAGUGUGGAAAAUAAAGAAAUGAUUACAGAACGAGGAAGAAAAAAGAGAAAAAAGGAAGUUUUAGAGAGGAAAAAAAAAAAUCUAAAUAAAGAUAUAAUAAAGAGUGAAAAACGAGUUCGAAAAUAUAGGACUAAAAAGAUGUUAUUGAAGGAGGCCAUGGAAAAUACUAAAUCCAACAAUAUAGUUGAAUAUAAUACUACAUCUAAUAAUAAUAAUAAUAAUAAUAAUAAUAAUAUUAAUAAUAAUAAUGAUGAUGAUAAUAUUAUGAAUCAUGAUAUGUUUUCUAAUUCGUAUGAUAAUUCAUAUAUUAAGAAAAAUAAAUAUAAUAAGAAAUUGUGUUUCCCACAAAAUAAUUUAUUAAGUAAUUUUAGGAGCGAACCAAUAAUGAUACAACAAGAUAAAAAGAAAAUAAUAAAAAUAAAUACCAUAAAUAAAAUUAAAAGAAAAUAUAAGAAAUUUGGCUUCUGUAUUAAUAAAAUUUUUAAAAAAAAACGUAUACGUGAUAUUAUUGCAUUGAAUGAAAACAUACAUAAAAAUAAAGAUUUAUUAACUCUAUUUAAAAAAAAAGAUCUUACUAAUUUAAAGAAUAAAAAUUUUUCUUUUUUUAUGGAUACAUUAAAACUUGAACAAAUUGAUAUCCUAAUAAUAAAGAGAAUACAAAUGUGUUUAGAAAAAAUAAAAAAUACUCUCCUACUUACAUGUACAAUAAAUAAUGUUCAAGAAAUUGUCAAGAUUUUAAAAAAGGCAUUUGAAAAGAGAUUAUAUUUAAUGUGGCCUCUAAUUGAAUUUUCAAACAAAUAUAGACUAGAUCAAUAUUUUCAUUUGCUUGGAAAAAAUAAAAAUCAUAUAAAUUCUUCUUUUAAGGAUACAAGGUUAUUCGUUCAUCAGAAUAUAAGUUCAUUAAUCCUAUAUUUUAAUCAGCGAUCUAUGGACGACAAAUGGGUUGAAUAUUUGAAAAGCCAAAUGAAACCAAAACGUAGGAGGAGGAAAACAAAAAUGAAGGAACAAUUUUUGGAAGACAAACCAAUAGAUUACUUGAAUAGUAUGAACAGUCAGCAUUCGAACAAUAUUUUAGGGGAAAAUUAUAGCGAAAUUGAUACUGUGGAAUCUAAGGCCAACGAAUAUGCAUUUGUUGGUUAUAAUCAAAAGAGGCUCUUAACGCAAAUAACACCAUAUGAUUAUAGAGUUGUUUUAAAUUCAAAUUUUUGUAAUAAAUUUUUUACACCUAAUUGGAGAGAACAACAAAGCAUGUUUAUUGACAAUCUUCAUUUCGAUAUGGUACCAGACACCGAAGAAAUAAAAAAACAUUUUGAGAAUGUGUACAUUAGAUAUAUGGAAUAUGAUGAGGAAAAAUUAAGAUCAAAAUUAGAGAAUAAAACGAAGGAACAUAAAAUAAAAGAUAAAAAAUAUAAAAUGUUACUUAAAAAAAAAGAAGGAAAAGGUAAACCAGGAAGGAAAAAAAAAAUAAAAUUGGAAAAUGAAAUAGUGUCUAACGAAAUAAAAAUUAAAAAACCCAGAAAAAAAUAUGAACGAUUAAAACCAAGAAAAAGUAAAAAUGCUACUAAAAAUUUAGAAAACAGUGGAAAUGUCGAGAAGCAAAUAAAUAAUGAAUUAAGCCUUACAAAUAAUGAAAAUAAACAUAAAUCUAAAAAAGGAAGAAAACGAAAAGAAAGUAAAUUAAAUAAUAUAAAUAUGAUUGAAGAUAUAAAUGUCGCUAAAGCGAGCCCCGAUACAUUACAUAAAACAUCCUUAGAAUUUAUGAAUCCUAAUAUAUUUACUUAA